AUGGCGUUGCAUGCUAAAGCUACACCACCGCAGAUUCCCGACACUCGUCGAGAGCUCGCUGAGCUUGUGAAGAGGAAACAGGAGCUUGCGGAGACUUUGGUUAACCUGGAAAGGCAGAUUUAUGCAUUUGAAGGAAGCUACUUGGAGGACACACAGAUGUAUGGGAACAUCAUCAGAGGAUGGGACCGCUAUCUCACCAAUCAGAAGAACUCUAACAGCAAGACUGACCGAAGGAACAGGAAGUUUAAGGAGGCAGAGCGUCUUUUCAGCAAAUCUUCUGUGACAUCAGUAGCUGCUGUGUGUGCUCUUGGUGGAAUUCCUGAUCACAUGAAUGAAAAACGUGAGCCGGGAAGCGGCACAGAGAGCGACACUUCUCCGGACCUGCAGAACCAAGAGAACGAGCCCAGCCAGGAAGACACGGAGGACGCCGACGGAACCCUGCAGGACCUGAAGCCCCAGAAAGCAGCUUCAUCCUCCUCAGGCAGCCAUCACAGCAGCCACAAGAAACGGAAAAACAAAAACAGGCACAGCCCCUCUGCCAUGUUUGAUUAUGACUUUGAAUUCGACAUGAAGAUGAACAAGAAACCAAGAGCUGACUAUUCUGCCUGAUAGUGACCACAGAGAAACAAAUUCUGCGUGAUACAUGGACUUGAACGGCUUAACCCUACACCACACAAAAAAAAAGAAAAGAAAAAAAAAAACUUCUCCAGGAUAGCACGUUCGGUUAGCAUUUAGUUUUUUAGCUCCCAUUGUUUCACCUGCAGUGUAAUGUCAUUAGAAUAAUGAGUAUUCUGCAUGAACUCUCUCCCUCUUCUCAUCAUUUAAGCUCUGGGAUUGCUUUUGAAAAGCCCUCAUUAUGUGAUUAUUUUUUAUUAUUAAUUCAGUUUCAUUACUGUGCUUGAAGAUUACUAAUGACCUGUGAGAUGAGGUCAUAAUGCGUCAUCAUGGCGUCAUGUCUUCAUGUCUUCAUUAUGUUGAAUGCUCUGUAUUUAUGAUGCAACCAUUGAGAUUGCUUUCUGUGUAACUGAAUCUGUUUUUGAAAAACAAAAUAUCUCUAUUUUUUCCCCCUUACUUCCAUGUAGUUUAUGUAAAAAAAGAAAAAGUAG